AAGGGCUCAGGUGCGCCGCAGGUGAGGCUCAGCCGUGCCCCGGCCCCGGCUCGGAGCUCCGCAGCGCCGAUCUCACCUGCGAACUCAGGGGCUCGUUGCUGUGAGCAGUGGCAGAAGGGGAAGGUGCUGCUGAGACCAUGAUGUCCCUGGGUGUUGCUAAAGGCGGGCUGCUCCCCAGCACGGAGGAGGAUCGGCGCAGGAUCAUCCGGCAGAUGAAGGUUCGCACCACGCUGCGCGGGGACCGGAGCUGGAUCCAGCCGCGCCCCGACCCCGAGGAGGAGAGGGGCAGCCCCAGCGACACGUCAGGCCAGGCUGCUGGGAUGCCCCCAGCCCCCAAAGCUGCUGCUCCCCAGCAGGACAGGUCCUCAGCCUCCAAGCCCCAGCCUGGAUACCUCAUCAGGGGGGUGUUCACCAGGACCAUCGACAAGAGCUCACCUGAUUCUUCACCUUCCAGCCAAGCACAGAAAAAAGCCUCCCAGAAGGGCCAGAGCCGCUCCCCCUCGGGCUACAGGAUGACCACAGAGGACUACAAGAAGCUGGCUCCCUACAACGUCCGGCAGAAAUCCGAGGAUGAGGAGGAUUCUCCUUUUUCUCCUGAUGAGCACAAGAAGAGGGCUGAGGCUGCCAACAGCGUCCUGCGGCGCUCGGCCGGCCGCGAGCGCGCCUACGUCCUGUCUGCAGCCAAAAAGAGCAACGGCAGCCCCACACAGGAAUUCCCAGCCCUGUUUGCCAAGAGGAUUGAGAUAGAAGAGGAGGAAGGACAGCAGAGGAGGAGCCCAGCUGUGCCAGGCCAGUCCAGGUUCAUCCAGGACAGCAGCAGUGCUAAUGGGCUGAGGAAAAGCAGCCCUGGGUCUUCCUGGGAUGGAGAAAAGCCAGCAGCAGCAUCUCCCUCCAGCCCCAAACCAGGCAGCAGGAGCCAAACAUCCCCAUCCCUGAGCGACACUUUGGGGAAAAUCUCCAUUUCUGCUGAGAGCAGUGACAAAGCUCUGAAGGAAAAGCCUGAGAGGUUCCCGUGGGAUGAAGGAGCCCCCAGAGCCACGAACGGAAGUUUUCCUGAGCACACAGAAGCCAGUAAUGGGUUUUACCCACCAGAGUCCAGCCCUGGAUCCUGGGACAGACCUGGGGAUGCUCUGGAGAAGAUGCUCCAUCCUCCUGAGCCCUCCCAGGGUGGCUCCAGGUCACCCUUGCAGUCUGAUGUUGCUUUUCAUCCCACUGAGAGAAGCCCUGUGCACAUCGAGGACUCAGAAUAUUCCUUUAAAAGGUCUGGCCUGGAAUAUGGGGACAGGAGCAGCUCCACGGAUCCUGAGGGAUCAGCCCAGCACCAGCCCUACUGGGAGGAGAGGGGGUUUCUGGACUCAGCCAGCCCCACUGAGAGGGGCCCAGGAGCUCCUGGCCAUGACUCCCCCCCAGAGCCCCCCAGGCUGAAGGAUCCUGCUGAGCCCAGCAGGGCAGGGUCCAGCUCUGUUCCUGGGGGAAGCAGCAUCCCAUCUGCAGAGAUUCCACAUGCAAAGGAGUCUGAGCCAGGCCAGGACAGGAUCCCUCUGGACCAUGAGGAACAGAGCUCAGCCAGCCCCAGUGACAGCCCGGGGGGCUGGAGGCACAGUGAGCCCGCCCCAGGGCCAGCCAGCAGGUCUGAGCUCAGCUCCCAGCACUCCCAGCAGAGUGUUCCCAGUGCCCUGGAGUCCCGGGCCCUGUUCCAGGAGCGCCAAUCCUUCACAGGCUCCGUGCCCAGCCACAGGAUCCCAGCCUACGUGGACAGCCAGGUGUUCAGCACCAGGAGGCCUGGCCCCGAUGCCCAAGGCAGUGUUUAUUCUGGGAGCAGCUGGUAUGACAGUGCCAGGGGGCACGGGGACUUCAGCCCUGCUGCAGGACGAGAUGCCACCAUGUCCAUGGCCCAGAGAAGCCACAGGGUGCCUUUCUACAUGGACAGCUUAAACAGCACCAGGCUCCUCUCCAGCUCCAGUGAGAGGCUCUGCAGCUCCCACCACAGCUCUGGGUACCAGCCUGACCCCAGCACUGCCGGGAGAGGGAUCCUCUUUGUCAAGGAGUACGUGAACAUCGCAGCCUCGCCACGCCACGGCAGUGGCAGCCUUGUGGAUCUGAGUGACCUGGAGAGAAGCAGCUACAGCCAGCACAGUUUCCUGUCCAGUGCUCCCCUGCACAGGUCCAGUGAGCCCCUGUGCAGUUACUGCAGCAGGGAGAUCCGAGACUGCCCCAAGAUCAUCAUAGAGCACCUGAACAUCCACUGCCACGAGUACUGCUUCAGGUGUGGAAUUUGCCACAAAGCAAUGGGAGAUCUGCUGGAUAAAAUAUUCAUCCACCGGGACAUCGUCCACUGUGACAAGUGCUACGAGAAGCUCUUCUAGGGCCCCGGCAACAGCGCAGCUCCUGGCACCGGCUGGCAUCGCGGAAUUGCCGCUUUCCUCCAGCGCUUCCCCCUCUCGCUGCCCCGUGGACGAGUUCAGCACCUGCUGGUUGAUGCUGUCGCCUGCACCUGAGCGAGACAAGGCAGCUCCUCCUCAGAGAUGGCUUUAGCAGAACGAGCUCCCCAGGUUUAUCCCAUUUAUCUCAUUGCCACGAGGCUCUCUGAUGAUACCUGGAUUUCUUCCCCUCCUGUGAGCUGGCACGCAGGCACUGGGAGCCUUAAACGCUAAAUUUGGAUUCUUGGGAGGGUUUGAAUUUAGUCCUUAGCAAAAGCCUAUUUCUGCUUUUUUUUUUUUUCACCCCCAAAUUCAGCCUAGAAAUAGCUUCUGCCUGGUUUCCAUUUGCUUUCCAAAUUUAUUUUUUUUUUUUGCACUUCCAAACUCUGUUCUAAUCGUGUGUCAGCUUUAAUUCCCCUUCCUGA